CUGUAGAGGAUGAUCAACAGGCUGUGUCCUGCUGAGUGUAGCACACACAGCGGUCCGGUUAAACCUCUACUCUUUACAGUCAACAUCAGUACUGGGAACCCUUUAUGCUGUAGUGUUGUCUUGUGUUUGUUGAACCGGGGGUAGAUAGAAACAGAUAACUGCAUAGACGUUGCUUAUUUAACUAGAAGAAGCAGAUUAGUUGGAGUCCGUGUUAUGGAUGAGGUCCGGCCUACCAGCGGAGCUCCAGCCCCCGGACUGGUGCCGCUGUUUCCCCCAGGACUGCAGGCCAUCUACGGGGAAUGCCGGCGACUUUACCCCGAGCAGGCCAACCCGCUGCAAGUCACAGCCAUUGUGAAAUACUGGUUAGGAGGACCUGACCCCUUAGACUACAUCAGUAUGUACAGGAGUACGGGCUGUGCAGCUCAGGACAUCCAGGAGCAUUGGCACUACGUCAGCUUUGGACUGAGUGACCUGUAUGGGGAUAAUAGGGUUCAUGAAUUCUCAGGGGCAGACGGGCCUAGUGGGUUUGGUUUUGAGCUCACUUUUAGACUCAAAAGAGAGACGGGAGAGACGGCACCACCAACCUGGCCAGCUGAACUCAUGCAAGGCUUGGCUCGCUAUGUGUUCCAGUCAGAAAACACAUUUUGUAGUGGCGACCAUGUAUCGUGGCACAGUCCACUAGACAACAGUGAAUCUCGUAUCCAGCAUAUGCUGCUCACAGAAGACCCACAGAUGCAUCCAGUUCAAACGCCAUUUGGCUCAGUGAGCUUUCUCCAGAUUGUGGGUGUUUGUACAGAGGAGCUACAGGCGGCUCAACAGUGGAACGGCCAAGGCAUCCUGGAGCUGAUGCGUGGAGUCAGAGUAGCUGGUGGUCCCUGGCUAAUCACAGACAUGAGGAGAGGGGAGACCAUUUUUGACAUUGAUCCACACCUACAACAGGACAGAGUGGACCAGGGUAUCGAGACAGAGGGCUCUAACCUGAGUGGGGUCAGCGCCAAGUGUGUGUGGGAUGAUCUGAGUCGACCGCCAGAGGACGAGGAGGACAGCCGAUCCAUCUGCAUAGGAUCACAGCCACGGAGGCUCUCAGAGAAAGACACAGAGCAGAUCAGGGAGACCCUGAGAAAAGGACUGGAGUUUAACAGCAAGGCGGCACUACCACCCAUCAGCAGCCAGAGACAGAGCCAUGAGAGGCCUCAGAGUCGGAAGGACAGUUUGGAGAGUGAGAGUUCAGCAGCCAUUGUUCCUCAUGAGUUGGUCCGAACACGACAGUUGGAGAGCGUCCAUCUGAAAUUCAACCAAGAGUCAGGCACACUGCUGCCCCUCUGCCUGCGGGGCCGGCUGCUCCACGGGAGACACUUCACUUACAAAAGUAUCAAUGGAGACACAGCCAUUACAUUUGUGUCUACGGGAGUUGAAGGUGCUUUUGCUACUGAAGAGCAUCCAUAUGCAGCCCAUGGCCCCUGGCUUCAGAUACUGUUGACUGAGGAGUUUGUGGAGCAAAUGCUGGGGGAUUUACAGGAACUUAACACUCGUGAGGAGACAAAGUUACCAAAGGAGUACAGUUGGCCAGAAAAGAAGCUGAAGAUCUCUGUCCUACCAGACUCUGUGUUUGAUAAUCCACUGCAAUGAGACAGAGACACUUCAUCACUAGAAAACUCCUGUAGACACACACUUCCAGAGUGGACCAUCAUGAACAGGAGACCUCUCAGAACAUGAGCUGUCAGGUCAGCACAGAUACGUCGUUCCCACAGUGGACUGGCCAGAGACUGUUUCACUCCUGAAAAUGAUCUGAGGGAUGAUCCAAACACUUUAGACUGUUACUGCAUUCUCAGACUAGCCCCACUGUUUACAACAUUUCUCUGAGGCUUGAAUGCUUUUGAGGAUGUCAAACCAGCCUGUCCAGAUGGUUGACCUUUUAAGAGUAAUCAUUAUAGGUGGCACACUAGCUGUAGGGCAAAUCAGGAUGUUGCCAUUCCUCCAGUAAGGCCUGCCAAGGUCUGAGGUCCAAAAUAUACGUCACUAAUGCAGUUGAUAGCGCAUCCUGUGAUCGCCCGGUGACUCAAGCGAUAACUUUGUUGUCGAAAAAACAGCCCUAUUUAUUCCACUGGCCUUUAGAACGGACGGAAAAGUCACACGUUGAACAUUUUUAUCAGUGUUUCUUUCAAUUGAGCUCAUGUGUAUAGUAUUUACAAAUGCUGGACAUUUUUGUCAUUUUUGUUUGUGGUCAUACCAAAGUUUUAACUGUUGGCAGUCCGCUGCCGAUACUGUCUGUGUGUCAAACAGGCUGAACUAUGAUUAACUAAUAUCCACUGCCUGUUUGUCUGGGAUAAUUAAACAAGCAUCUGACCUGUUUUCUUAUCUGGCAAAUGCUGCCGGUAUAACCACCUCUUCUCCCCUGUGCCAAGAACAUGACACCUGUGUUGAGUUUUUUUUCUCUCACAUAAUGGUGCGUGUUCUAAAGUCAUGAAAUGAAAUACAUCAAGUCCGUUGUAAAUGUUCAAAGACUGGGAAUCUGUGGUCCGUGUCUUCCCUCAACUGUUGUCUCCAGUUGCCACAUAAAUAUGAAUUGUGUUUUUGUUUUGUUUUAUCAGUAGGACCUGCUUGAAAAUGAGUAAAACUCCUCAGUGCCUUGUGUUGAAAAGGACCACGUAUUCUCUGUUGACUCUUGAUGCCUUGAUGCCUACAGCUCCCAGAUUGUUAAAGAGGAGUCACUUUGAAUCAAGGCUGCUGCAUUCAGUCUUUUUCUGAUACCGUCAUUGCAUUCCAUUUCAACACAAAAACCGAUAAGACUACUUUUACUACAAAAAUGUACUCUUAUACAACAUUUGAUGGCAUCUUAUUUUUGUUAGUCUUUUUCUAUUCAGUGACAAAUGUAAAGCUUAGACAUCAUUGAUAUGGUAUUUUGUAAUUACUAUUUUAUGACUGAACUGCCUGAUUGUAAUCCCCAAGUGCAUUAAAGCGUGUAGGUAUUUACACAAAUAAAGCUGGAACACUAAUGCAGAAUUA